GAGAACAUACUAUUACUAUCACUGAAGGGUCUUCUUCAUCACCUGUGUGUUAAAAAACACACACAAUGGCCUUAUCAACAGUUCAAAACAAAUCUCAACACACUAAAGUAUAUGAAGUGGCAGGCCAAAAUUUCUUCCUGCAUUUUAUGUGCAGGUGUUUAAAUGGAUGUGCUCUUGAGAACAGAUCUGGUCAGCCUGAAAAAGUCCCCUCUUCCUCCUGCUUAGCAACAGGGAGAGCAGAACCAGGCAGCUGUGGAGAGAUGAAGGCUAUUCUGCUGUUACCUAUUGCAGCCUGCCUUGUGGUGAAAGUCCACAGCAAGAUCUUUAGUCGCUGUGAACUGGCGUACACACUGCAACGUUGGGGAAUGGAUGGGUACGAGGGCUACAGCUUGGCUGACUGGAUCUGCCUGGCAUACUUUUCAAGUGGCUUCAACACAGCCACCAUGACACAUAACUCAGAUGGCAGCUCCGAAUAUGGCAUCUUCCAGAUCAACAGUCGUUCCUGGUGUGCUGACCACCACACUUUAUCAAAGAACCUGUGCAACUUAUCUUGCCGUGGUAAGGGUUCCUGCCAUAAGACAGUAGCCAGGAUGAUGGUUUGCUUGCUACAGAUUGCUGUCCUCACCUGCUUUGCAGCCACUAUCCAAGCCAAGAUAUUUGGUCGCUGCGAGUUGGCCCACAUGCUGAAGAUGAAUGGACUGGAUGGCUAUGAGGGUUAUAGCCUGCCCAACUGGAUCUGCAUGUCAUUUUUUGAGACUGGCUUUGACACAGAGGCUGUUGAUGGGCGCGAAGAUGGCACUAAAGAUUAUGGCAUCUUCCAUAUCAACAAUGGCUGGUGGUGUAAAGAUGAAGGCACCCUCUCAGAGAACCUUUGCACCAUAACUUGCACAGAUUUGUUGGAUGCUGAUAUUCAUGAUGAUAUCCUCUGCGCCAAGCGGAUUGUGAAAGAUCCCCAAGGCAUGCGGUCCUGGAGGGAGUGGAAAAAACACUGUGAAAACCGAGACCUGCAUGAGUGGGUGAAGGGGUGUACGUUGUGA